CAACCACAAGAAAAUCACAAAACCAAGAUGGCGGUGCAGGAGACAGCUACCCAACUCUCCAUGGCACUUAAAGUGCAAGAAUACCCCACUCUGAAGGUCCCUUAUGAAACUCUGAACAAGCGUUUCCGGGCAGCUCAGAAGAAUAUCGACCGUGAGACCAGUCACGUGACCAUGGUGGUGGCAGAGCUGGAGAAGACACUGAGCAACUUCCCCGUGGUGGACUCGGUGGUGUCAUUACUGGAUGGCGUGGUGGAAAAACUCAGCGCCCUGAAGAGGAAGGCUGCAGAGUCUAUCCAAGCAGAAGAUGAGAGUGCCAAACUGUGUAAGCGUCGAAUCGAACACCUGAAGGAGCACAGCAGCGACCAGCUGGCCUCAGUCAACUUGUGGAAGAAGAAGCGCAUGGAUCGCAUGAUGGUAGAGCAUCUCCUGCGCUGUGGCUACUACAACACAGCAGUUAAACUGGCCAGGCAGAGUGGAAUAGAGGACCUGGUGAACAUAGAGAUGUUCCUUACAGCAAAGGAGGUGGAAGAGUCUCUGGAGAGACAGGAGACUGCCACUUGCCUGGCCUGGUGCCACGACAACAAAUCUCGCCUCCGCAAGAUGAAGAGUUGUCUUGAGUUCAGCCUGAGAAUCCAAGAGUUCAUUGAGCUUAUCCGACAGAACAAACGCAUGGAUGCUGUCAGACAUGCAAGGAAGCACUUCAGUCAGGCAGAGGGUGGACAGUUGGAUGAGGUCCGGCAGGUUAUGGGCAUGCUGGCUUUCCCCUCAGACACACACAUCUCCCCUUACAAGGAUCUUUUGGAUCCUGCGCGCUGGAAGAUGCUGAUCCAGCAGUUCCGAUAUGACAACUACAGACUGCACCAGCUGGGCAAUAACUCUGUCUUCACUAUAACCCUGCAGGCUGGGCUGUCCGCCAUCAAGACCCCUCAGUGCUACAAAGAAGAUGGUUCCUCAAAGAACCCAGACUGCCCAGUGUGCAGCAAGUCUUUGAAUAAAUUGGCCCAGCCGCUGCCUAUGGCCCACUGCGCCAACUCCAGACUGGUCUGCAAGAUCUCCGGGGAGGUCAUGAACGAGAACAACCCCCCUAUGAUGCUACCCAAUGGAUACGUCUACGGCUACAAUUCUCUGCUUUCCAUCCGCCAAGAUGACAAGGUAGUUUGCCCUAGAACCAAAGAGGUCUUCAGCUUCUCUCAGGCCGAGAAGGUCUACAUCAUGUGAUCAAUCAAGAUGAACCCUCCUGCAAAUUGACAUGAUUGGAUAUGGUCCCUUGUCCAUUACCUGUGACCUGGCCUCGCCUCAAAGCCACCUGUGGAACUGUGAUUUAAUGGUCCCCUCCCCCUCUCCAAUACAUGAUUGAGUUGAAGGAUCUAAUCACGCACUGAUUCCCACCUUUACCCCCACCACUGCUACCCUACAGAAACUGACCUCUUUACCUGGCAAUCUCUGUCUUAGCUAUGGGUAGAAACCAAGAUGUUGUUUUGUCCUAUCCAUUCAAGUACAUGGACGAAACGUCUGCAUUACCUUAGAGGCCCUGAUUCCAGAGACUUGAGAAAAGGACUAGGGCCGUGAUGUAACAACAAAAUAGUGGUUUGGUUUUUAUCAGCAACAAAAACAAAUGUGCUAAAGUUAUGUUGACUUGAUGUUUUAAUUGGUAACCCUGGUACUGUAUGACAGGGCUGCUUAAUACAUUACUCCAUUGAUUAAAAUAAUAGAUAAAAUCAUGGUUUGGGCCUUUUUUACCUUUUAUUCCCCAAAACAAACAUGGUUGACUGGUCACAUGGCUGUAUAUUGUCAUGAUAUGCACACUAUGGCCAUGUUAUGAGUUCUUUUUAGGGGUGAGAUAUGUGGAUGUCACCCUGAAACUGGACCCUAUGUUGAGUUUCCUCCCACUUGACUGUGAAAACCGAAGGCUGUCAGUGUGGGACGCAAUUGGUUCCUUUUUUUUUAAUGUAAAUAGAAAAGAAUUGAGCAUUCUCAUGUACAGAUUUUGGGGGUUUUGUUGACCACAGUAAACCUUCAGAAAUAUUCCUCUGUGAAGUGAACAGGUCUUUUGCUGGCAUUUUGUGAUCUGUGAUGUAGCCUGCAGUACCAAAAACUCACCUGACUGUUGAGUGUACCUUGUUCUUCUCACAGGGGAAUUGGUUAGGGUGGCUUAUGAGCCUCGUAUUAUCAUUAUGGUGUACUUAAUACCAUUACAAUGACGCUGACGCAAUACAGUAGGUUACCAUCGCUGGUGUUUUGUUUUGUAUUUUAAUUGAACAAGUGGUCUUCCUUGGUUGUGUGUGAGGUUUGGCAUUCUAAGUUCUCUCCCUCAACCAACCGAAAAAAAUAAUGAGUUCAUUUUGGUGAACUUUGGAUAUUUAUUCUGUUUGGGGAAAAAAAAGACAGAGUGGUUGAAGUCAACCUAGCACUACCCAAUGACUGUCUUUUAAUUUCAUACAUUUUUCAACAAUGAACAUUACAAUAAAGAGAAUGAUUGUGCUGACUUAACUAUUUUCUAAGUUUUGUACAUAGAAGGGUGUGUGUGUGUGUGUGUGUGUGUGUGUGUGUGUGUGUGUGUGUGUGUGUGUGUGUGUGUGUGUGUGUGUGUGUGUGUGUGUGU